AAAUACGUGGAAUUGUUGUCCGAGUCGGAAGACGAAGAGGAGCCGCUUGCCAAUGGCAACAGCGAUGUCAAUGGUGUCAAAGGUCAAGCUCAUCCGUCUGGGCCACCUCCACUAUCCCGAAGCGUCAACGACCUCCGAUCAGGCUCAAUGUUCAAUGGGCGAUCUACCGCAGAGUCUUCAAGCACUCCCUCGUCCCAAAGUCAUCAUGUCAUCGAUCUCACGUUGUCAGACUCCGACGACGACGGAGACGACCAAGCGUCUUUUCGCCUCCCGGGCACCGUUCACUCGCAUCCAAACGUCGCCGGAUCGAGUCAUCCUCCCUUGGGGACGGUCGCUCGGGCUAAUGGCGGUUUCAACAGUAUGUCUAGCCCGAUCUCAGUGUCGGCCAGUCCAACCACACCGACUUACAGUAAAUACGGUCCUCCUGUCCAUCCAGCUAAUCCACUCUCAUCUCGUGAAAUUCCUCUCGAUCUGCAAGAUCGUUACCUUCCUCCUCCGAAAAGCGGCACAGGGUACCAUGAUUACGCGACAUACCGACCUCCUCCUACCCGUCCGCACCAUCCACGGGACCGGACACAAGACGGACAACAUUACGAUGGCUGGUCUCGGUGACCCACGCCCGCUGCCUGCAUUUGUUCGAUCAUGUCAAACAGCUCGGUCAGUAGGCGCAUGAUGUGACCCUGGUCAUAUGCACGUUUAUAUGCGCUGGUCUUCGAUUUUUGUCCCAACGCCAUUUAGUGUAGAGAGAAUCUGGUUUCUACAGUGUCUAUCUUCCUACAGUACAAGUCUCGGCAGGAUCGGCAGUUGUUGAUCAUCGGAUUGCGCUUCGAUACCCUUGGGGGAUUUUUCUCGUAUGGUCUACUUAAGGUGUGCGUGCCCGUCGGUUAAGACAUCAGGUGGUCUGAUCAGUGUUUAGUUGGGAUGGCGUGUGUCGUAUGAAGUUUGAAUACUUACCGA